UAACCUAAUAUUGCAUCCUGUAGCAACAACAAUAGCGCUGGUCAUCUCCAUCAGCUACUCAUGCUAGCGCGUGUCUUCUAGUAAUUAAUUUCCAAUGGUGUGCAAUGGGAUCACAAGCAUAUGUGCAGGGGUUUCAAGCAAGGAGAUUGGUAACUCGACAAGAAUUUGGCUAUAAAUCAUGGGCUGGGCUCGAGUCCCCCCAUCUUCUCCUUUCCCCAAGCUUCCCUUGGUCGGCGGCGGCCUAUUCUUUAUGGCGGAGGCGGAGGCGGAGGCGAAGGAGAAGGCGAAGGCCAUGAGGGAGCACUUGGGCUUGAUCCGGGAGCAUAUCCGGCUCCGCUCCGUGGUAAAGGAUGAGGAUUUCUCAGGCAUGAGCGAGACCGAGCGAGCGGCAGAGGCGGAGGCGCAGGCGAAGGCGAAGGAGGAGCGCUUGGGCUUGAUCCGGGACUAUAUCCGGCUCCGUUCUAUGAUGAAGGAUGAGGAUUUCUCAGGCAUUAGCGAGGCCGAGCGAGCGGCGGAGGCGGAGAGGCGGAGGCCUGAAAAGCUUCAGGAGGCGCGCCGUCUUCAGAUGGAGGGCAACCCCCUCGAUCGGUGGCGGGAAGCGGAGGCUCGCAUCCUCGACUUUGAUCCCAAGCAGCGGGGCGUCUACUACAACCGAUUAUACUUCGUCGACCUCACAACCGCCCCUUGGUCCGAUGGCAUUUACUGAUGCAGUCUACAAAAAUAAGGGAGAUUACGAGCUUUGUGAGGCAGUAAACAUCUUUUCCGUCAAGAUAGCCUCCUCGGACGUUGGCUUCCCAAUCCAUGUGUAUGGCACUGUCAUUGCCAGAGACAGCAUUGACGAAAAGUGUCUUUAUCUCUUCCGCCGCGAUAGAGACCAUUGCCAACUCAUCAACUUUGAGGAUGAAUCAUUGAUCUUGACUGGCCCAAAACGAGGUCUUGCGUUAUUAACUGACAAUUAUGUUGAGACUGAUCUGAAGAUCAAGGAUCAUCAAGGGCAGGACAGAGAACUUAGUAAAGGAAUCUUAACGAUCAGGGGCAUAGCAGGUCGAUCAUUGAAGAAAUGCGAGGUUGAAAGCAAAUCUCUUGCUACCAGGCUCAGUACUGUGGAUGUGAUGUAUGCAGUUGUGAAAUGUGCAGUGGAGGCAACUAUUGCAAUUGAAGUUCUACAAGGAGAUUUUUAUGGAAAAAUCACUGCCCACACCACCAGCAUCCAGAACAGCCUUGUGCUUUAUGAUAGCGAAGUGGUUGGUGCCAUGACUGGUGAUCGUAAUGAAGUUAUCCAACUUAUGCGACCCGUUGUAUCUGUUUAUGUGAAGGAUAUGCUGACAAUUGUUGCCCGGACUGGUGAUGGUAAAUCUGAAUGUACCAUUCAAUUUACUCCAAGGGUCAACAGUAGAGAUGAAGAUGAACUUACUGUUGGUGUCACUAAGCUGCGCUUCAAGGUUGCUUGGUCGAUAAUGGACCCCUGACUGAGAUUUUGGAUUGGCUCGUUGUUAACCACAUCUGGUGCAGUAAUGCUGCGGUUACCAUUAAGUUAUGCGGACUCUGUUGGACACUAGCUAAGUAAUAGUGUGUGUAACUACUGUUUGUCGUGCUGGGCUUGUUAUGUUGAACUACUUACUGUCUAACGUGCUAGGCUUGUUAUGUAGUAAUGAUGAACGUAUGCAGUAUCUUGUUGAACUAAAGUAUUCUGGUGCACUGUUUGGUGUUUGUAUGUUCUUGCCUGUUCUGUUUGGCCGCUGAUCACCCUUGUAACCUCUGACUGAUUUCAUCGACAAGCAACUCGUGGUGCAGCCGCGGCUGGUACAAAUAGCCCCCGCUGCCCACUGCCGACGAGCAGCGCCUCUUGGACGAGCAAGAAGCGGCUGCCCGAGCCAGAUCUGGCAUCAAUUGAGGAUCGGCUGGUUGUGUUGUGAGAC